CAUUGAUUAGUCGCGCAGCAACUAAACAGAGAAAGGGAGAACGCUAAAGCGAUUGCGGUAGGCUUGUGGUGAGCAAGACAGAAUAUUUUUUAAAGAAAUUCUUCCAAAAUAAUGGCUGCUAUCAAUGAUUCAAGGGUAUCAUUUGAUGGUAAUGGAACACCCAUAAUAACAGAGGAUAAGAGCAAGAAGAGAAAUUAUAAUGUAACUUGUAAAUACAACAGAAAACUCAUGCGUUUAAGGUUAGAGAUUGAAGAAUGGAUGGACGGCGAGCUAAGAGUUAUCUUCGAUUGCGAGGAAGGAGAGGAUUAUGACAUUGAAGUAGAUAUUGAUGAUGUUUUACUUUUAGAAGAAGCAGAACGUUUUUCAUUUUUAAAAGAGUUACUGCGAAAUGCAUCUAAACCCACAGACGACUUCAUAAAAGAACUAUUAGAACGGAUAAAGAGCCUGUAGCAAGAAGAACGAUUUAUGGAAUUAAGUAAUAAGGAAACUUGUUCCUACUAAUGGUAUGAAAAGUGCUAAGCAUAUAUACAGAGUGGAUUACCGCGGCAGUAAAGCUACAAGCUAAUUUGUCAUUACCACGACAUCUACAACCAAGAUGAAUCUGCUAGAGCAAGUCUUACAGUAAUAACAUAUUGUUAAAGUAAACAGUGUCAAGAGCAAUUUGGAUACCGUGUUUGGAAACACAGAAUCGAUCAUUACAUAGAGGUGCUUAACAUUACGUACUAAAGGAAUUUGGAUAUUGUGCAUUAAAACAUGGAAUCAUUUCCAUAGAGCUGUUUAACAUUAUGUUAUUAUUAUAAUGCCAAGAUGUGUUUGGAUAAUGUGUUGAAACAUGGAAUCGCUCAUUGCCACAGAGCUACUUAUCAUUAUGGGAAUGUUAAAGUGCCGACAGGAAUUGGGAUACUGUGUUGGAAAACAUGGAAUCGAUCAUUGCCAUAGAGUUGCUUACAUUAACAUUUUGCUAUAGUAUCUACGUGUACUGUAGAGGAAUGGAAAUACUGUGCUUGAAAACAUGGAAUCAUUUCUAUAGAGCUGCUUAGCAUUAUGUUAAUGUAAUAGUGCCAAGAGGAAUUUGGAUUGUGUGUUUGAAAACACAGAAUCGUUACCAUAGAGCUGUUUAACAUUAUGUUAAUGUUAUAAAUGCCAAGAGGAAUUUGGAUAUUGUGUUACUGUACUGUAACAUAAUUAAAUCAAUGCAGUAGAUCCUACUAUCACUAUACAUUAUGUGCAUAUUUCAAGAAAAAGUCUUCUUUUUUUUUUUUUCAACAUCGUUCGGAUUUAUAAAAUGCUUUAUUAUAUUUUUAUUCAUCACAUUUCUUUAAAUAAAUUUAGAGCACAAGAUAUUUAUAAAGGUUGCAUCAAGGAAAAAGUAAAAACAGGGAACAACGAUUGAUGUUGUUGAUAAAGAGGUACAGCAUUUCUGGUUGGAGCAUUCAUGAAAAUUGGAGCACAAGGUAUUCAUGAAGAUUACAUCAAUGAAAAUCGACAAAACACAUUUGUUUUGAAUUAUCUUGUACUGUAUUCUUGGCUAUUCUGUAAAAUCCACAAAAAAAGCAACAUUUGUUGAUAUCAAUAUUAUCCUGUGUUUCUUUUUGAAGCAUAAGCUACAGUAUUCAUGUAAAAUCUCCAAAAAGCCAACAUUUGUUUUAAUAUGUUUAAAUGAAUGAACCUUUCUGGAUUGUUGAGUCUAAUUUAACAACUGACCAAUGACCAAUUAGAACAGGUCCAGAAAUGCAUGCGUGUCCUACAGUACAAACAUACAUGUUAUCCCACAAACUCAAUGUGUGCGUAUGCUUUUACUCUGUCGAUUUUUCGAUUCAAUGGACGGGGAUUACCGGAACAGGCCAUUAUCCUCUAUUUCUUGGAGCACCGAAAACUUUUCUAUUUUUGUUUUAACCAUAUUUAAAGAGGGUGACCCUUCCAGCUACUCCGAUCUAAGGAGGUCAGCUGAGCUAUUUGCAAAUAUUGCAACACUGGAGUCAGCAAACAGGCAACGUUUUUAGAUUGAUAUAAUUGUUUAGAAAAUACAUUGAUAAAAAUUGACAUUGAUAGUAACCGUACCUCAGUGUACAAACUCCAUCAUAAAAAAGAGAUAUGCAAACAUGAUUAUCCGAUCUCAUGUAUUUAUUAUGAGUAAUGACCCAUUUCCUAAAUUAAAUUACUGUACCUAAAGUACCUAAAUGAAUGAUAUGCCGGAAAUUUACAGGAUGGUUAAUGCCACUAUAAUAAUAAUCUUAAAACCAAUGUUAAAACAUCUUCACACUAUCACUUUGUGGAGGCUGUUUGGCACAGUGGAAAUGGUUUGGUUUCCAAACCUUGAGGUCAGGGUUUCAAUCCUUCGCUGUGAAUUUUGCUUGAGUCCUUCAGCAAGGCACUUCAUCUACAUUGCUUCAGUCUACCCAGCUGUAUCAGUGGGCAGUAAGUAAACCUGUGGUAGACCAGCAUCCAACCCAAGGGGGAUCAUCACGCUCUUAUCUGUUUCACACUACUUGAAACUGGGGAUAAGUUCCAGCCCUAUGAGCCCUGUGGCUCAACAAGGACUUGCUUUACACUCUCACUUUACCUGUGUGUAGUUGGUGUACCUGUAGGAAAAAAGCAAUCUGAUGGGAGCGCAUUUAUGGGUUAAAAAAUGCCACUGUUUUUGGCGCUGUGAUAUGUUGUAAAUAUUGUGAUGAAAAUAGUGGAACAUACAGUAGCCCUAAUAUACUCUAUAUAUUCUGCAAGGUGUUUUUAAAAAAAAUUAAUGAAAUUAGCAUUGAUGUGCAGAGGAAGACUAUGUUACAUUCAGUUUUUAAUGAUGCAUCCCCUGAAACUGAUGUAUAUUUUAAUAAAAAGAAAAAGUAGUUUAAAAAAUUGUCAAAUAUCCGGCCAUGCCAAAGUUAGGAAAAGUAUAUAGACCAUUGCAUGUAUAGUCAACUUUUUUGAAAUAUUGUGAGUAAUAUACUGUAUUAAAUGAUAUUUUCCUUAAGUGCCAAAGUUAACUUCAAAAUGACUGUAAACUAAGUUUUACAUAAUGUAUUUGAAUACUGUACAGUACAUGGAACUUCUGAUUAGAAAUAUUAGCCUGCAUGCGCAAUACAUUUUCUACUGUUGUUCAGCACUGCAUGUCUACUGUUGUGUAGCACUUUAUACAGUAAUCUACUGGAAAUUCUACUGUUGUACAGUGUGUUCUAGUGAACAGUACUGUACAUAUUCUGCUGCUGUUAAUAGUGUUAUAGAAUUUGGUGGAUCAACUGUACAACAUGCUCAGUUUCUAUUGUACAGUACAGUGCAUGAGAGUGCCAUCUGGUGGAUGAGUGUACCAAACCUGUUACACAUGUUGCCUGCUUUGUAAUGUAUUCUGUUCCAACAGUAUUGACAUUGAGAAUUGUGACAUAUAACUUCAUAUUUCAUGGCCUACUUAAAUUUCUACAAGCUGUAUACUUCACAAAAAGUGUGAUAUUUCAAUUUUUUUUCUUGGUCAGAUACAGAGACAUACAACCGUCGGAAGAGUUUUGCCCAACUACAGUUUGGGUUGUAACCCAUUUGAGAACCAGGGAUCUAUAGCAUAUGUUGUAUCACUAUAAGUAUUAAUUUUUUUAAACAGCACUGGUGGGGGUCUAAUAUAUUUCCAGUAUUUUAGCAUUUUACAAGGCCAUUGAUUUUGCUGAUUUGAUUUGAUGAAUCAAAAAAUAAUAAUGUAAAUUUUCAUUAUAAUUUUAAUCAAGUCAUCAUAACAAGUGCAUUUCUUUACCUUUAUUAUACCAUGAAGAGUUACUGUACUCUUAAUCAUAGAUUUAAAUUUCUAAUGAUUUCUUUUUGAUGAUUUCAGAAUGUAAAUAUUUUGGAACUAUACAAAUGCUUGAUCUCAUUUUCAGUAGAUGUAAUGGAACAAUUGAGAAACAUUUAACAAUAACAUCGAUAUUACUACUAAUUUUAAUUGUAUCCAAACAUUUAAGGUCAUAUGUUGUGAGUUACUGAAUUUUAGGGCUAUAUUCCUUUAUUCAAAUGUAAAUUUGUUUUUUUCAAUUUUAUCAUUUUUAAUGUUAAAAAUCCCUGUUGUAAAAGUUGCUUGAUUACUUGUUAAAUAUGUAGAUUGUCAAAUAUUGUUUUGUGUUGAUAUUUCAAUUAUUAAUAAUAAUAAUUCUGCUUGUUUGCUACUAAGGUGUUUGGCAUGUUAAAAUCCUACUGUAGUACAAAAUUGAUAAUUUCAUACAGAUGUACAGUACAGUAUAUCAUUAAACAUAAAUUCAGAGCUUUUGUUGAUUUUAUAAAUAUUCUACGACUAUGGACACAUGUUGUAAGUAUUAGGGGUACAGUAUUAGAUAUUAAAAUUUUGCUGAGACUGUGCAUAACAUUUUUAAACUCUGCUUUUACGUGAGAUUACAGAUUAUGUGGCCCUCCAUAAACAUUGUAGAAUGUUUUAUAACAGCAAUAAAUAAAUAAGCAUUGAUUUUUACUGUUAGUUCAAGGUUGGCUUCUCCAAACUAGACAGAACAUUAUAUUAUUUUUUGAUCUGUUCAUGUCUGAUACAUGAGUAAUUAUCCUAUUAGUAUUAUACAUGUCCAAUACAGAGAGUACUCAAAGGUAUAUGUCCAUAUAUUAGAAUUAAACCUUGGCCAAUAUGGCAGCCAUCUGACAUAAUUUCUGAUGAUUGCAUGAAACAUACAGUAGGUAAAGAUCUUCAGUGAUAUAUGCUGUACUGUAGAUAUAAAUAUAUUGGCUAUUAAAUUAAAUAUAUUGGUGGCCCUAUUGGAUUUCAAGAUAGCAGCCACUGGGAGUCAUUUUUUUGUGGGGGGGGGUCUAUUUUCUUUUUAUGAUUCUUAGAUGUCAUAGUAGCUGUGGGAAGCUGAGGGGUGGAUGCAGGAUUUGGCGGUAGGGGGUACGUGAGAAUCCACACCACCUGAGGCCCACCAUGGUUGGCACUGCGGUUCAAAACUUUUGAGGAUAUAGACCUCAAGGUGCCCGGAAAUUGCACUCCCAUAUUUUAAAAAUCUUAACGGUACUAUGUUCAUAAUAAUAAAAAUAAUAUUUCAACAAUACAAAAAUUAUUUUCUUAAUACAAUUUAUGGGGUGCGAUCGCACCGCCUCUGCAUCCGCCCCGGGGAAGUUUCAUGCCUUCCCGCCUUUUAUGAAAUUCAACCUUAACCGCUCUACUACUGUAAUACUGAAAGUGCUAACAGUCUUGUACUAAGUUUACUGUACAGUACUUUAUUUUGCAAUCAUAAUGACUUUGUGUUCAUCAUAUUCAUUUGUAGAUGUAGUACCAUCAUGGUAAUGACAAUACUGGUGUCUCAUCAUCAAUCUUCAUGUCCUCAAAAAUCCAUUCAUCCUCUUGCUGGUGUGGAAUCAUCACCAGUCUCCCUAUAUCCCAGCAUCCAUCCACCUAAUCCCUGCCGGUCGUAUCACUGCUAUUUGUACCUUGAGUGUAAAAUUCUCUUGUUUUUAAGUUGUAGAUUAAAGCCGGUCGCUCACUGCGGCGUAUGAUGGUCGUACGACUAUCGCAUUACGAAUCCACAUCUGCUUCCGGCGAGCGAUAGAUGACACAACGCCGUCUGCUGAUUGUCAGUGGCAAUCUGAACAGAUCCUCAUUAAAAAGCGAUCCGUUGGUUCCACACCGUUGCAUGCGUUCGUCGUCACUUCGCUGUCGCGCGCAUUGAGUACCCGGCUUUAGCGUAAUGGACCUUCCCCGAGUGUCAAUAUAAAACAAAAGACCAAUCAGAAUAGUGUCAGGGAUAUGUGCGUGUCCCACGAAUGCACGUUUUUACACUGUCGUUUAUUGAACAUUCGCAAAAGCAUCCAAGGGAGGGGUAAGCCUAGCCCAUGUAGAAUACAGUAUUGUUGUCAAUAAAAACUUGAUAUUCCAAAACUUUGUUGAAUUACAUGCAAAAUUAAGAAAAUCCUUAAAGAAAUUAUGUAUAGGUUUCAUUUUAACCAAUAUAGUAUUUUUAACAAUACCUUAAUUUUAGAAAACUUCGAUUUUUUUUCUAAUUGGAGUACCAUAGUUUUUAGCUAGAGUAUACAAGAUAAAUCUACUUUGAUAAAAUAUUUUGGUUUGAUUUGUCUAACCCAUCCCACCAUUUUAGAAAUAAUCAAAGAACUGUAAAUUUUAGGCAAUCAUUAUAAUGAUUAAAUUAAAUGAAUUAUUUUCUUAUUGGUUCAAUACUGGUAUUAUAUCUGAUAUUGAUAUUUGAAAGGUUUUGAAAAUUCAUUCAGACCUCAGUUUGAAUCAGAAAAUAAUACCUUCCUGCAAAUAUAUAAUCCGCUGAGCUAAUUGUUUCUAUAAAUAGAAAGUACUGUAAAUGUAAUUAAAUCUAUAUAAUACUGUAUAUGAUGCUUAAUACAUGGAUAGAUCCUACACAUGCAAUAUACAUACAGUACGUCCAUUGUUUAAUCUUAAAUGUCAAUGCUAAAUUGUAUAUCUACUAAGUAACUGGAGUUGUGAAUUGAUAAGCAAAGUAGAGAUUUAUUUUUAAGUUUCAUCUUAUUAUAUAAUACUGUACUGUAGGCCUAUACAAAAAAAAGUGCAUUACUGUAUUAAUAAAUAUUAAAUGUAAAUUUUACUUUUGCCUUGUUUACUGCAGAGAUAUCAUUUUUUCAAUUUUUAAUUGAAUACUGUCAAGGAAUAUCAUUUGUAGGCCAUAUAUUUGAAUAUCCUUUUGUUGUAAAUUAAAAAUAUAGUACCAACAUAAACAGAGUAACAUUUGGGGAUGUUUGUUAAUGUUUCUUGUAUACUGUAUAAAUUACUGAUUAAGUGGCUACACCAACGUUCCGCAAACCAUUGGUCACGUCCCAUCAUUUAUUUAUUACAUAUUCGGCACAACAAAUCAGAAAAUGGCCAGAGGGGUGCCGAGAGGACACCAUGGGCUAAGAGCCCAACACAAGGUUUUGGUAUCCUCUAAACCCCCUGGCCAAACGAACAAACAAGAACUAACAAAACAGCACAAAGGCAAAGACAACAAAUCAGAUCAGUCGGUUGCCAAAAUAUUUUGGUGGGUCACAAACUUGAUAGCUUUAGUCUGUCACUUACAUGGCAAUAUUAUACAUAUUUGUAAUAAUAUUCAGUACUAAACUAAUUAAUAAUGUUAAUAAUUAUGUAAAAUGUAAUGACACGUACUAUAGUUGAAAAAAAAAACUAUAGAAAAACCAGGGUGGUUAAAAUGCAUUAAAACGUAAGCACGAUAUAGACCUAGCUCUUAUUCCGACUAUGUUGAUCUGUGGACAACUCAAGUUUGAAUUUCCUAAUUGGGUCGUUGGUCUGAUAGUUUGCAGAACGCUGGGCUACACAAUAUUUUAUUAUUGAAUCUGUUCAUUUAUUGCAUAAUAGUUGGGAUUCCAUAAAUUCAGAAAAAUUGUAACUUGAAUGUCAUUAUUCUUAAUGAGUUGGUAACUGCUGAACAUGUUUGGUACAAUUAUUCAUAAAUACAAACAUAACGAUAGCAACUUGCAGUUAUAAUAUACUUAUUUUAAGAUUGUGUUUUUAAGGAUUUAUGUGUUUGUGACAAGCAAAACUGGGUUAGUGUAUGUUUGUAUUAGGAUUUAAUUGUAAUCAUAAUAAAGUAUUGUUAUCAUAA